AUGGAGUCUACCGUUGUAAAUUCUCUUGCUUUGUCGCUGCGUGAGUGUAGAAGUGCGAGCGAGGGGAAACGCAUCCACAGCCAGAUCCAGUCCCUAGGGCACGGCCACGACCGGUAUCUUGCGAAUCUUCUCAUCCAGAUGUACGGAAGGUUCGCGAGGUCCCAAGAAGCGUACGAAGUCUUUGCUGGGAUCAAGCAGCCCAAUGUUUACUCGUGGAAUAUAAUGGUCAGUGCCUAUGUCCAGUGUGGAUUGAUCUCGGAAGCUAAAUCUAUGUUUGAUAGGAUGCCGGAGCGUGACACUGUCUCGUGGAAUGCGAUUCUCGCGGCAUAUGCGCAACAAGGGCUUCUUGACGAGGCCGAGGAGAUCUUUCAAGCUAUUCCAAACCCUAACGGAGUGUCCUGGAACACACUUGUCAAUGCCUAUUGUCAAUUUGGAAACAUCGAGAGGGCUGCCGAGAUCUGGAGCGCAAUGCCAAACAAGAACACUGUCUCCACAUCCGCAAUGGUUCUAGCAUAUGCCCAACUUGGGCAGCUCAAUUUUGCGGAGAGACUCUUUAAAUCACUGCCGCAGAAGGAUGUUUCGUGCUGGACAGCUCUACUGCUUGGUUACGCUCGUCAUGGCCAGAUUUCUCUUUGCAAGAAGUUCUUUGAUCGAAUGGAAGAGCGUGAUAUAGUUUCCUGGACUGUGAUGCUUCAGGCAUAUGCCCAAUCUGGGCAUAUCGACGCUGCGAAGGAUAUCUUUUCCAGAAUGCCCGACUGGAAUCUAAUCUCCUGGAAUGCAAUGCUUGCGGUAUAUGCCGAGAACGAGAGCCUGGAAUCCACGCUUGCGUUCUUUGAAACACUAAAAGAGCGAGACAUUGUGUCAUGGAGCACGGUGCUGGGAGCAUAUGCGCAAAAUCGGCCCGGCAAGCUCUAUGACCUCCUAGAGACCGUACCAGAGCUCAACGUGGUGGCCACGACCACGGUGGUCCAGGGUUUUGGGCAGUACGGAGACGUGGUAAGCGCACGGCUGUGGUUCAAACGGAUGCCGGAGCUCAACCUGGUUGCGUGGAGUACCAUGGUACAGGAUGCCAGAGUGGGACGUGAUUGCGUGGACGACGAUGCUGGCGACAAGUGCCGCGUUUGA